AUGGGCAGAAAGAAGGGAAAGAAGCAGCAGCGUCAGAACCAAAUGAUGGCGAGUCCGUCGUCGGCGGCGCCGGCGUUUGAGGACCUGGGAAGUCCGAGUUUGGUAGAAGUCGUCAAAAAUUCGAAUUUCGGCGACGAAGUUGUGAUUCCACCGAACGAUGACAAUUCUUUCAAUCAGAAUAUCUAUAAAACGGCCUUUUUGAGUGGAGACAAUGUGAAUUUGGAGAGAAAGAACAGCUCGAAAGGAUCGAACGCUUCUAGCUAUCAUGAUUUGAUCGAUGGAGGCGCCUAUGACAGGUUCCGCUAUGGAGCCGGCGAUCGUGUAAUCGCUGGAAGUCGUUCGAUUUCUCAUAGAAGUCUUUUCAACGACGACAGAUCAUUGAAUAGAUCCCUGAAUCCAUCCAAAACUAGCCUCGCCGGUUCUAAAGUUAGCCUGGAGUGGGAGGAUAUGGGAAAUGAGAGAAGUAGCUCAAGAGGAGGACGCACUAGUAUCGUUAUUGGAAGUAGCGACGAAGCGAGAAAACCAUUCGUGCGCAGUCGCACUGUCAGCUCGGGCGGCUCCGUUCGAAAUAGCCAGAGUACCAAUAAUAAUAAUAAUAAUAAUCUUCUCCCGCCCCUCUCGGGCACUUUGAGCCAUCGAGACAUCUCCAGCGCCGACGUCCGAACCUUCCACGCCGACUCGGACUACCUUCAGAAUCACCUGAGCAAGCUCUCCAUACACUCGAACAACGACGAAUUCGUGCUCGUUGGAGGCCAUCCGCCGCCGAUUGAUUCCACGAAUUCUACGGCUAGCUUGAAUCAAGAGGUUCCUGUGCCACGUACGCGCUCCAGACUCUCUAGCUAUUCCGAGGAGCAGGACUUGGGAAGAUCCGUCUCACAGCAGAGCUUGACUAGAGCGUCUUCUCGCUUUUCUGUUGGCACAAACGGCACAAAUUCAAAUACAGACGACCGUUUGAUAUUGGCAGAGAGAUAUAGCAGAUCGCCAGAAGCGGAGGGACUUCUUUUCCAGCAAAAUGGGAUUUCCAGCCGACCAUCUAGCCGCCUGAGCACCAAUUCCAGCGAUCGUGGAGUCGGAUUCGUUGAGAUUCCGACACUUUACAGUCAUCCGGAUGAGAGAUUUGAUGAUGGGGAGGAUGAGGAGCCCGGAGAGCCAUUCCGGCCAACUUCUGAGCACAGUUCGACGCCUAUUGGUGCUCCGAGAGCUCGCAAAACGCUUCUUCGAAAUGCUGAUAUAGAAGAUAUCCCAGAUGGAAGAAAUCGCAGAUUCUCUUCGUCGUCGUCCAGUGUCUCCCGUCACGCUACACCAUCAACACCGCUCCUGGUUACAUCGGCACUAACGCCAGUGAUCCCAAAACGUCAUCCACAAAUGUCAAUGUCUGCGAGCCACUCCGAAGAGUCGCUGGUCAUGAAGACGCCUCAAACUGUGCAACGUGGAAAUUCGGAGCAAAAAUCGCUACGCAGUAAUCUGGAGACGAUUAAGAAGACGGUGGAGAUCGCCGUGCAGACCGGGAAUUCCAUUCGUUUGCGUCAGAAUCAACAUUUUGGCGAUGUGCUCAGCGAAUGCGCCUACCUCCCAGAUCCACGUGGAUUCGGAAUGACACCGACUAUCACCACUAGCUUCGUCCCUCAAGACGAAGAGGUUUUUGCUCCGAAAAAUGUGCCAGAAGUGAAAAAUUCAUCCCAAAAUUCUAUCCGUGCUCGCCUCCGUCAUAUAUCGGAUAUCUAUUCUGCAGAGGAUUCAAAAGAUUCCAGAGAGAAGGAGACGCCGAUUUUGACCCAGAAUUAUGUGCAAAUCCCCAAAAACAGCUCCCAGCCAGCAGCUCGUAAAGCCACCCAGGAGAUUGUGGUUCCUAUCAGUAAGGCUCCCAGCAAGCCAGACGCUUCUUCUGGACGAGUUGUGGAAAUCCCUAAGACCCAGGAACUCAACGGAGACACCAUACGAAAGCAUAUUCCACGUGGACGCAUUCGAGAUUUGGCAUCUGCCUUCGACAAGAUGAACGAUGGACCUGUGCGUCCUCUGGAGUUCAAAUCCCAGGUUCAUAUCCCAACUGCUAUUCCAACUGCUAUUAUUCCAACUGCCCGUGAAGAAACCCUUUGGAAUUCGAGAAAACCAUCUGGAGCAUCCAGAGAAUCCGACGUUAAUCGUGCGGACUCCAGAAUGAGUGGACCCCUUAGCGGUCUACUAAACAGAAGCUCUUCCAGCGCUUUCCGAAGCUCCACUCAAACGAUUCGCUCGCAAGAGGACCGUCGUAGAUCCACAUCUUCGUCGCUUCAUCAUCAACCGCACGUCUUCACGAGAAACACCUUUUUGACGUCGUCAGUGGCCAAGCCUGUGCCGCUUCCGAUCAAUGUUCCAAUGAGUACCACAUAUUCUAGAGAGAAUGUUGCUGGGGGCUUUGUCUCAGCUUUUGAUAAGGCGUCGUCAAUCGAAAUCGAUAGAGAAAGCCCGCUUCAGAAGACGUUGUCCAACAAGAAUCUGGCAAAGUCUCCAACUAAAGACUCGACAUUCUCAGAAUAUUCUAGAAAAGUGGAUGUUCCAGUUCGUCUUGAAGUGCCGAUCAACAAGUCCAGAAGACAACUGCUAUCCAACAACCCAAGAGCCAAAACUCAGGAGAUACCAACGUUCGAGUUCGAAUCGAGAUACGAGUCGCGUGCCGUUAGUGGCGAUUUGAACAAUGAGAAUCCGAGUGUGUUUGGAAUUCAGAAGCCGUUGUUCGCCGCGAGUCGAGAAGCGUUUGGACGAGAUACUGCAGAGGAUUUGCGCGGGAAACAGGACAACUGGCCACUACGCCCACAACAGCACCAAUGGACAUCGGAAUUCCAUAUGAACGAGACCAGGAACACGAAUUCGGUCUCAUCGCCAAUGUAUCAUCAUACUAAUGAUCAUAUCACCCAAUCACACCAACAACCAACAACUACAAUCACUGAAUUCCGAAUUAACCAUAAGCAACAGCAGCCGGAGAUGCUGAGAAGCGUCCAGAAGCCAUCCGCACAUCACAGGCCUUCGAUUUCGUCGUCACGUCAUCCAUAUUCACCGCCAGCGACUGAGGUGAAAGAUAGCUCAUUUAGGGACGCCGGAAGCCGUAUCACUCACCAUACAUCUCAAACUCUCCAAUCCGAAGACCUCUUUGCCACUGAAGACAGCUCGAUCCGUGGAAAAAUCGACAGAAUGUUUGAUUUCGUUGAAAGCGACGAUUCGAGAAAGACCCUUCGUGGUGCCACACACGACUUAACGGACACCAUUGGCACUAACACUAACAAGUUCCAUCGUACCGAGUCACGUCUUCUUAGCAAGGAGAUACCGGAAGCAUUGAAGGCUUCUCCACCGAAGAUGAAGUCACCGGAGAGAAGAAACACCGUGACUGUUCCAGAACACUUUGACACUGAUCUAGAAUACUCUUUGUCGCAAUACCGAGAAAUGCAAAGAGAACAGCUUCGUCGACGUCUUCCAUCUGCCGACGAACCGCAAUUCUUCCGUUCUCCAACACUUUCGGCUCCACAUGCCGGUCAAUCAAUGCAUGCUUAUCGAUCCAAGGACAUCAUGGGAACGCCAACUGCCGGAGAGAAAUUCCGUUUCCCGUCGUCAUCGAAUAGAACACCGCUUGCCACGUCGACACCUGUUGAAUCGCCAUCCGGAAGAUCGUAUUCGAAGAGUUAUCUAGAGAUGAACAACAAUAACACUACUGUACCACCGAACGAGACGUUUGUCUCAUCGAUUAGCGGAGUUUCGGCAGUUGAUAAGCAUGUGGAUGUGAUGAGAAAGAUCAAUCGAUUGUCGUAUAUGAUUGAGAAUACGCAGAAGCAGAUGAGCAUGAACGAGGCGGCACUGAUGGAUGCCGUCAAGAAAGGGAGGAGAUCGCAGGAGAUCGCCGCUCACCGUUCCAUCCUAAUCAGCCGUGAAACCCUCCGGCUCCAACGCAACGAGCUCCGACGUCUUCACGCGUUCUCCGCCGUCCGUCGUCCGCCACCACCAGUUGCCAAAGAGCUACGGGGAUCGGUGAUCUUCAAGAAUCUCAUCGUCCAUCUCAACAAGCUAUUCGUCUCGCGGCUCACUACAAAAGACGACAAUUCGUAUUCAUUCGUUGGUCUCUUCAAAUUCGGCCAUCAAAUCGAGGCGACAGAACUUGUCCCAUUGCGAGUCUAUCAGGGAGAGGAAACUGAUGAUAAGCUGUUCUUUGUGAAGCAAAUUCAGUUCUCAGAUGUCCCUGUGGAUUUUAUGGUCACCAUUGAGAUCUACGCUAUGCGUGUACCAUCGGCAAAACCAGUGGAGCUCUCCAUAGGAUCGUCGUUGGCCAACAAGUGCAAAAGUUUGAUGGGUCCGCCCCAGAAGAAAAAUCCCAUAGCACUGGAGACGGCAUUCAAGUUCCGUGGUCGUCUCGUUUUGGAUCGUGACGCUGCUGGAGAGCGUUGUCUGUAUCUGGAUGACGUCACGUAUCCGCUGGAGGGAACUGUGAUGAUUACCACGCAAUGUAGCAGACUUCCAGAAUCGUUUGAGAUUGAUUUUCGGGGGUUUUUGACAAUGUUCCACACGAUAAGCAACAUGGCGAGCUGGGAACGCUACUGGGCGGUGCUGCGUCGUGGCGUCGUGCUCUUCUGGAAGUACCCGGACGACGAGCAGAAUGGACGUGAGCCGAAGAUGCAAAUCGAUUUGACCAAGUGUACGAACAACUCGAUUGAGAAGUGCUCUGCGGAUUUGUGCCCACGACCCGAAUCGUUUGUCAUUGAGAUUCUUGUCGACGCGGAGGAUGGAACCAUAGGAAGUGUUGUCGAGAAGAAGAGAGUUCUUCUCUCUGCCGACACAUCGGAAAUGCUGUCUCAAUGGCUGUUCACUCUCAACCAAACGCUCGACGUCAUCCGCGGACCCAUUUGA